AUGUAAGAAAUAUUUUUAAAAUUGGGCACUCUCAUGAUUUUGAAUGAUUAGAAAUCAUUUACAGAAGGGAACCUUUAUGAAAAAACAAAUGAAUUAUAAUAUGAGAAUAAAAAUUAUGUAAAGAACCUUUUCAACAUUAUUUAAAUUGAAAAAAGGACAAAUAAAACUAAACUGACUCAUUAUGUGAAGAUUAAUCUAAUUGAAAUACAGAGAGACUUUUAACAUAUAAUUUCUAGAAUAGAAUCAUGGUAUAUAUCAGAAUAUAUUUAAUAAAAAUAGAAUUAAAAUACUAUCUUAAAUUAGCUUUGA